AUGACCACGCUGGCCGUACAGCCUCAAUCAUGGUACCAGAACUCGCGCAGCGACCGCAGCAACUACGAAAAGGUUAUCGACCAGUUGGUUGAGCUGGAGAUCAUCUGGCAAUACACCUACGUCAACGAUGCCAUCAGGCACCCCCGUCUUGUCCCCUACAAGGGGCUUGGUUCUGUCAUGAAGUUUACUGGGGAUGAGCUCAUGGACGUUGCAGAGCUGCUCAAUAUCUGGACCAACCUGAACAACGUUCGAGGAUCGUACUGCGGGGGUCAGCAGGACCGGAACGACUUUUCAGAUGCGGACGAUGCUUCACUGGGGCGACGCAGGCGUAAAGCGUAG